AUGCUUAGUGCUGUGCUUCUGUUUGUGGUGUGGUGCGCAUGCGUGGUGCUGGUGAGGCGGCUGCGGUCGCGGCCAGCUCAUCCGCUACCACCAUCUUACCCUGGAAAGCUACCGAUCUUGGGACAUACACAUUUGAUUAGCGGUGAUACUGAAAAAAUGUGGGACAUUUUGAAGGAAAUGUCGGAGAAAUGUGUAGAAAAUGGUGGACUCCUACACGCCAAAAUUGGAACACAAAUAUAUUACUUGGUGACGGAUCCUGAUGAUGCGCUGACGGUGGUCAACAGCUGCCUCCACAAACAUUUCAUUUACGAUUACGUGAGGACCUGGCUUGGCAAUGGAUUGCUUACGUCUUCAGGAGAAUUUUGGCAACGACACCGCAAGCUCCUCAACCCAGCAUUCACAGUGCCUGUGAUCCACAAUUUCCUCGGCGUCUUCAACUACAUGUCGAAGCAGUUAGUCAGCGAGCUGGAGGUCCACGCAGACCAGGCACCCUUCGAGAUAUCUCCCCAUUUGAGGAUCAUAUCGUUCCAAUCUUUUAGCCAAACCGCAUUCGGCAUAGCAGAUGACAACGUGAAAGAAUUUGCAAAGAAGUAUAUGGAAUCAUUAGACCAGGUGAUGAACUUGGUGGUGUACAGGUUCCAGAACUUCUUGCUACAUAGUGACCUGAUCUUUAAGCUGACUGGUUUGAAGAAGAAGCAAGACCGUUUGAUUAAAACAAUGGCUGAUAUGGCUAAUCAGGUAAUAGAGAGAAAAAAGGCUGAAAUGAAAUUGGCCAAUGAGAAGAAAGCUAAUGAAUGGUCAACGACAAAUACUAGAUACAAGCCAUUCAUGAGCCUGUUAUUGGAACUGAAGAAUGACGAUACUCUUACCGAUGAGGAGAUAAAAGAAGAAGUGGAUACAUUUAUAGUAGCAGGCUUUGACACCACAUCCAAUUGUCUCACUUGUCUACUAGUCCUGCUUGGAACAUACCCUGAAGUACAAGAAAAGAUGUAUAAUGAAAUAAUAGAAGUUCUAGGUCCAGACAGGGAUAUUGAGAAGGAUGAUAUCAAACGACUGGUUUACACUGAGGCUGUUAUUAAAGAAGCUCUUAGGGUGAUGCCUAUUGGACCUGCCCUUCUAAGAUAUGUGGAUAGAGAUAUUAAGCUUAAAAACUACACAAUGAGAGCAGACAGUCAGGUAGUGAUCCUCGCUCGAGGGGCACACAGAAGUCCUAUAUUUGGUGACGAUGUGGAGACAUUCAGACCUGAACGAUGGCUGGACUCCAGCGUAUCAGCUUUGGGGAACAAUGCUUUCUAUGGAUUUAGUUUAGGAAAACGAUCGUGUAUUGGUAAAGCUUACGCAACGGUUUCAAUGAAGACGACUCUCUCUCACCUCUUAAGGAAAUAUAAAAUAAUAUCUAAUGUAAACGACAUGAGGUUCAGAGUCGAUAUGGUACUAAAAGCGACCACAGCACCGAUACGCAUAGUGAGAAGACAAUAA